CACGAGCCCGUGCCCAAAAACCAGUCCAAAGCUAAGCUGGGCAAACCUCUUUGACGAGAGACGACUGGACCCUGGCGUUCCUUCGUCUGAUCUCGUGAUUACUUGUGAUCAUUUUCUCUUUUGUGCCUGCCAGGCUUCUCGUGAGCCUCUCUCUCUCGCGACACCUGCUGGGACGACUCCUCCAUCAUCCUCUCCCGAAGCUGCGCGGCCGUGUUAUUAUACCUUCACGCACUUCAUCUGAUAUCCGCCAUGGACGUUUUUGCCCCAAAAGACGACCAAUGCGAUCGGCUUAAGACGCCCUCGUAUCUUGAGCUUGUCGUUUCUAUCGUCCUCUUACUCGGCAUUCUCGUGUCUUACCUCCCUCAGCAUUAUCGCAUUAUCUCCCGAGGCACCUCCGAAGGCAUCUCACCUUACUUUGUAUUGCUUGGAACCACUUCCGCUACUGCCGGUUUCGCCAAUAUCCUUACUGUCCCACCGUCUCGUGCUGCCAUAGGAUGCUGCAAAGAGCUCGGUAGAUUUGAGUGCGCCGCCGGUCUGCUCGGCGUUGCCCAGCUAGGCGCUCAAUGGGUUUGCUUCAGCCUCAUUCUUGUCCUUUUUCUCAUCUUCUUCAGAUAUAGAGAAGCCAAUGUUCCACCAGAGGAUCUUCGUGGCGAUGCACCUAGAUGGCAGACCGCUGUCAUGGUUGGACUACUCUGUGUCCUUCACGGCCUCAUUGUGGUUAUCCUGACGGGUGUCUUUUUCAUUGCUCUGCCCGAUCAUCUCGUUUUUUGGGCCAACUUCCUGGGAAUCAUGGCCACAGUUCUGGCCGCUAUCCAAUACGUGCCUCAGAUCUGGAUGACAUACCAUUUGAAACAUGUCGGCAGUCUGAGCAUCCCAAUGAUGUGCAUCCAGACGCCCGGUGGCUUCUUAUUCGCAGGAAGCCUUUUUGCCCGUCUGGGCUGGGAAGGAUGGAGCACAUGGUUCAUUUACUUGAUCACUGCAUCUAUGCAGGGAUCAGUCCUCUUCAUGGGCGUUUAUUACGAAUACAUGGCGCGGCAGCAUGGCGGUCAUGCCAACGGCCACAUCGACAGCGCACCACACUCACCUGUGCAAUACUCGAGCGCGCCCCGAAGGCCCCCGCCAGGCAGCAGGACCUAUUCUGAGGGCUGGGAGCGCGGUCUUCCAGGACCUUUCACCGGACACCCGGAGAGAUACGCGGAAACAGAGGAGGACCUGCAUGAUAUCCAAGAGAGAGAAGAGCGUGCUAUCGAGCGGGAGAGCCAACCGUUGUUAAAACCCGGCGGUAUUGGCAACCCUCACAGGACAUACGACGCCACCGCCGAACACUGAGGAAUUCACCUCUCUUACCUUACCUUAGACAACAAGACGAGUUCAGGGUCAACAGCGAGCAUGUGAUAUACCAUAAUUAUUUGAGGUAUUUUAUUGGUAUUUAGUGAUUACCUAGGAUUGCAUACUUUUUAGAAAUGUACAUUUUCUCCUUCUUCUCAGCCGAGACGUCCGAGUUU